UCAUCCCAUGGCCAACAUGGCGUGCGACUCUCGGCGCGCGCCUGGCGCUGUGUGUCACCCCAGCCGCAGUGUUCAACUCGCUUGGCUGGCUGCCUUGUCUGCAGCGGGGCACAGCACCAGAAAUUGGGUGCCGGUGCUGGAGCAACCGACAGGGCUCGUUCGAGAUAGACGACUUCCAAACAGGCUAUUUGCAGCCGCAGAUGCUCAACGGCACUGUGGGAGCUGCCAAGGCCGCCAGGUGAAAGUCUCCAGGCGAGGCUUGCCUGAAGUGGCAUUGCUUGGAGGCUUGACGGUCCUCUCUGUGCUACGGCCAAGAACAGCUCCAGGGCCAUCGGCGGAUCUGUUGGCCGAGGAAGGUGCGGCGAAGGAAGGCGUCCAAGCGGCCAAGGGCAGCACCCGCGAGAAGCUGCAACAGGCUUUGCGGAAGUUGUCCAUUGUGCAGGCUCAACUGGAAGCUGCCAACGGUGACCAACAGGAUUAUCCACUGCCCAAAUAUUUAGAGGACGCCAGCACCAGUGGCAAAAUCAUGCUGGCUGUAACAGGUGCCUCUGGGGUAGGCAAGUCCUCCUUGGUCAAUUCCCUGCGGAAAGUUCGCGACAAUGAUCCGGAUGCAGCUCAAACUGGCAUCAAAGAGACUACCAUGGAGCCCAGCAUGUACAGUUUCCGUGCGGAUCAGGGCAUUUUGAAUCAGCGAUUCUACCGUAGCUUCGAGGAAGGAAUGGAGUUGAGACCAAAAGAGCAAGUUGUCCUGCACAAUGUUUCAGAAAAAGUGGACGGCUGUCAAGCAGAGGUGAUCUCCACAAAGCACGAAAAAGUCAAAGUUCGACUGGAUGGAGGCUCCGUGCUGGACGUUGAUUUGACCCAAGUUGCCGGCAAGCCGCUGGAUGUGGUGGCUUGGGAUCUUCCAGGUGCUGGCACCCCGAAGUUCCCUCAGGCCACAUAUUUAAAGCGGAUGGGCAUUCGUUACUUUGAUGUGGCCAUCUUGGUGACGUCCUCUCGCUUCACUGAAGCGGAGCUCAUGCUUGCGCAAGAGCUGCAAAGAUUUGAAGUGCCUUAUUUCAUGGUGCGAAACAAAGUUGAUGUGGAUAUCGAGUCUGAGAUUGUGAAGGAAGAGGAGUCGUUGAUAGACGAUGAUGGUGAAGAACAUGAGCUCACCAGUGUGCAGAGGGCGGCUGUUGCCAAACAAACCAUCCAAUGCAUCAAGGAUUACUUUAGAAUAGAAUAUGGACUUGAAAAAGUCUAUUGCGUUUCAGCUAGAAGAAAAUUGCGAAAAGACUAUGAUUUUCCUAGCCUGGAAUGUGAUAUCCUGGAGGCUAUCCGGAUACAACGUGGCUAGUUUUUGGUUUUUGGACAUGUUUUGGCCCAGCUGUUUGGUGAAAA